GCGCCGGCAGAGGCCGCGAAUUGCCAACACUUCACUUCGACACGUCAAACGAGUGCCGUGUUAUCGCAGGGAUGGCGCGCGCUACCGGUCUCGUGUACGCGCUUCUCGUGUGUUUGUUUAUAACUGAAACUGUUCUAUCUGAUAAUACUCGAAAUGUCCUCAUAUUAUUGGCUGAUGAUGGGGGCUUCGAGAUUGGUGCAUAUAUGAACAAAAUAUGCCAGACACCGAACAUAGAUGCGUUGGCAAGCCAAAGUUUAAUAUUCAAUAAUGCAUUUACAUCAGUCAGCAGUUGUUCCCCGAGCCGCGCGGCGUUGCUCACUGGCACUCCAAGCCAUCAGAACGGAAUGUACGGGCUGCACCAGGGGGUACAUCAUUUCAACUCCUUCGAUAACGUCACCAGCCUGCCAAACCUGCUACGUGAGCAUGGUAUUAAAACCGGUAUAAUCGGCAAGAAGCACGUGGGUCCGGCGAGCGUGUACCGGUUCGACUACGAACAGACAGAGGAGAACAACCACAUCAACCAGGUGGGGCGCAACAUCACGCACAUCAAGCUGCUCGUCAGGGAGUUUCUGCACUCCGCCAACCAGGAGAAACAACCGUUCUUCCUUUACGUGGCGUUCCACGACCCGCACCGCUGCGGCCACAGCGAGCCGCAGUACGGGCCGUUCUGCGAGCGGUUCGGCUCCGGCGAGGAGGGCAUGGGCGUCAUCCCAGACUGGCAGCCCUGGUACUACCAGUGGGAUGAGGUGCAGCUGCCAUAUCACAUUCAGGACACUGAGGCGGCUAGGAGAGACAUCGCGGCGCAGUACACCACCAUGUCACGACUCGAUCAGGGAGUGGCUCUAGUACUCAAAGAGCUCGAAGCUGCAGGUCAUUUGGACGACACUCUGGUCAUCUACACGUCAGACAACGGUAUCCCGUUUCCAUCCGGACGGACCAACUUCUACGAUCCAGGGUUGAGAGAACCUCUCAUCGUGCGGUCUCCGCUACCCACCGCGCGAAGGAACCAGGCCUCCGGGGCCAUGGUCAGCCUGCUGGACCUCAUGCCCACUGUGCUGGACUGGUUCGGUAUAAAGCAAGAAGAAGUUGAGAGUAAUGAUGUAUGGGACAGCGAUAAACCGAAAAGCUUCUUACCGGUGUUGGAAAAAGAGCCGCCGUAUUCUGACAGCGAGGCGGUGUUCGCGUCUCAGACGCAUCACGAGAUCACGAUGUACUACCCGAUGCGGGCGGUGCGCACGCGCCGGUACAAACUCAUACACAACCUCAACUACGGCAUGCCCUUCCCCAUUGACCAGGAUCUAUAUGUGUCACCCACCUUCCAGGACAUCCUGAACCGCACGCGUAGCAAGCAGCCGCUGCCGUGGUACAAGACGCUGAAGCAGUACUACUACCGGCCGCAGUGGGAGCUGUAUGACAUGCGCGCCGACCCCGCCGAGACCAACAACCUUCACGGCAAGCCGAAGCUGGAGUCGGUGGAGGCUGAGCUCCGGUCGCGGCUGCUGCGCUGGCAGCGAGACUCGCGCGACCCGUGGCUGUGCUCGCCCGACGCCGUGCUGGAGCGCGGCGAGCACAGCGCCGUGUGCCGCUCCCUGCACGCGCCCCUGCACCACUACCGCCCGCACUGAACCGCCACGGCCAGGGGAGGGUCCGACUAUAGAUGCACAGGCUACUUAUGUUCUACUUCAAAUUUUUAAAGCCACUAAAAUUAUCGAUUUUCUGAUUACAAAUAUAUGAUUUUUAGGCCCCAGGGAACAGCAACCUUUGAAAAAGCUAUGCCCAUGCACUACGACCACUGGCGUCCUCACAUGAGACCGCUUUGAAGUUUAGCGGCAAAUCUCAAACUUUGAUUCAAGAAAGUAGAGGUUGGGUCAUAGCGGUCAUUUCAUAUUGGCAUUCCUAAUAAUCCAGGGGACAGCUAUCUCCCCUGCCCUCCCCCCUGGCUACGAAUAUGCGUCCUCACAAUUUCCUAGCACGCUUCAUGGACGCAGCAUUCUUUUAUCCAGUGCUGUUUUCAUUUAAGUAUUUGUUUUAUUAAGGAACGACAGGCUCUCUAGAACGUAAUCGUGAUCUCGUAAAUUUACAUCACUAAGAUCGUAUUGAAAGUUUCAUUUACGCAUUAAACAUUAUAUAAGUAAUGAAAUUUUCUUUUAAAAAUUAUUUAUUUAUGAAUUACAAAUUAAUCGAAUAUCACAAGAUAAAAUUACAAAUCUGAUUAUGUUGACCGUCAGUCAACCAGGUUCGUCUACAACACAUUACUGUAAGUAGACGGAUGAAUUCUUUGUUAGUUUUGGUUUUAAUACGUAAAUAAAUAAGUAAGUACUUACUCUACAAUAUACCUAUUGCCAAACCGCUUAUGCCCACUUGUUUUUGGUACUUUCUUAAAGGUUACGUCAUCAAAGAGAUGUACUUAUUUAUAAUUUAACUAAAAAUGUAGCAACAGUACAGUCAGCCUCAAAAGUGGCUGAUCAAAUU